GCAGGAAGGGUGGGGAGCCGGCGGGAGGAAGCGAGGGGCGCCCGGAGGGGAGCGAGCAGAGGCCGGGCUGAGCCGCCCCGCCAGGCGCCGCCAUUCCGCUGCUCGGGGCGCCGCCGCCGCCACCGCCGCGCCCGGGGGCCAUGGUCCCGCCGCCGCCCCGCCAGCCGCCGCCCCCGGCGCGCUCGGCCCGCGGCGCCGUGAGCCUGCAGCGCGCCUUCCUGCGCGGCCCGCUGGGCGUGCUGCGGCUGCUGCAGCUGCUGGCCGGCGCCGCCUUCUGGGUGACCAUCGCCACCAGCAGGUACCAGGGCCCCGUGCACUUCGCGCUCUUCGUGUCCGUGUUCUUCUGGCUGCUCACGCUGGGCCUCUACUUCCUCACGCUGCUGGGCAAGCACGAGCUGGUGCCCGUGCUGGGCUCCCGCUGGCUCGUGGUCAACGUGGCGCACGACCUGCUGGCCGCCGCGCUCUACGGCGCCGCCACGGCGAUCAUGAUCGACCAGACGCACCAGCACAGCUACUGCAACAUCAAGGAUUACCAGCUGGCCUGCGCCUACCGCGCCUUCCUGGCGGCCGCCGUCUGCGGCGGCCUCUGUCUGGGCCUCUACCUGCUGUCGGCCUUCUACGGAUGCUGCCGCCGCUGCCAGGGGGAGCAGGAGGUGGUGUGAGGCCGCCGCGCCGCGGGGCCGGGGAGUCCCCCGCCCCGGCCCUGCCCGCCGCCCCGCGCCCGUGCGCCCCGCGGCCCCUGUGCGCAGACAGUCCCCAGCUGCCGCCGCGUCUCCCCCGACGGCGGCGCCGCCGCCGCCCCGAGUCUGGAUCGCCGCCCGGGACGCGCCGUCUCCGGGGACCGGGGCCCGGCCACAUGCGAGGAGGAGGGGGGUGGACGCGCGCCCUCGCCGCUGGACCGCCCUGAGGCCAAGCCGAGAACUGUUCCCUUCCCCGCUGAGAGCGAGACGUGGACAGGCGCCGCCGCGCACAUCCGGGGGAGGCUCCCAAAUUGGAACCAGGCGAACGGCUGCGCCGCUGCCCCGCUCCCUCCCGGUCCUCUCCCUGGCCCCGCCAGCAGCCCCGGGUACCGCGGGGCGCAGGGCAGGAGCGGCGCUUUGACGGCUCCGCGUGGGGCGUGUCCGCAGAGACGCGAGCUGAUGGGAGGGCCCCAGGGGCUGUCCCCUCGCACCCUCCUCCUCUCUCCCUCCUCUCCUCUCGCUAAGGUCUGCGGGGAACAGGCCCAGACGCACAGUCGCUGCUGCCUUGGCCUCCCCUCCUAGCCUUGCUCUCACAGGCUUCUGCCCCUCCCCACUUCCCAACAUCGUUUUUUUCCUGUUCGUUGGUUUGGUUUUGGUUUGGGAGACACACCCCAGCGGUGCUCAGGGGCUACUCCUGGCUCUGCUCUGGGUACCAUAUGGGAUGCCAGGGGUGGAGCUCUGGUUCACUACCGUGCAAGCAAGCGCCCUACCUGCUAUCUUAUCCUUCUGGCACCCCAAAACCUUGUUUUUAAAAUUUAGGUUUGUUUUGCUGUAGGGAUUCCCCAUCUCCCGUGAGCCUCGCUUCUGGAUGCUCGGGAUUGAACCCAGGUUGCACAUGCAGGGCAAAUGCCCUCCCGCUAUACUAUAGCUCUGGCUGGGCACACCUCUGCAUUUUAAUAUCCAGAAAUUCAGAUCCUUGGGAACAAUCAUAAGAUGAAAACGUUCACCCCCACCCCCACCCCCCCACACAUCCAAUCGGGAGGGAGUGUCAGAGCUCUUGAUAUUCACAAACAGGUGUUCCCAGGACCUCACCCAGGGGGCCUGCUCUAACGGAGGUUGCAAAGCCCUCCCCCCCCCCACCAUCCCGUGUCUGUUAGCAGUGUAACCUUGGGACUCAGAUGCCUUCAGCACUCUGAAGGCUCCAAGGGUCCCUGCCUGGGCCGGACUUCGCAGCAGGCCCAGCUCUCACUCAUGCCUAAGUGCCUCACCCACUGGCCCUGGUGUGUUGGAGCGUUUGUGAGCCCCACUUCCUCCCCAGGGGGGUUCUCAGCAGAGGAAGGAGAAAUGACUCUCUUCCCCCACCCCCGAGAGGCCUGGGAACCCGAGAUCCGAACCCUUCUCUAUGUCAUUGGAGAAAUGAAACCAAGGUUAGCCAGACGCCUUCCUGGUCCUACGGAACAUGACCUAGUAGAGAUCCCAGCCUGGGAGAAGAGAAGAGAACUCUCAGCUGGGUGACGAGCGGGCCCAGCCACCUCAAGGGAGACUCCCGGACCAGCAGGGCAGCCGGGCCCGGGGUCUGCGUCCAGGCCGUCAGAGGACUCUCGUCUCUUCCACGGCAUCUGGAAAAAGAGCCGAGGCAGAAGGUCCCCUUGGCCUCACCACCAGAGCAACCCUGGUGCUCCUGGGGGCUGUGACUCGGCCACAAUGUUUGGGGUGCCUGGAGCCCAGCAGGAGGGAGCCAGGCUCGCAGACACAGAAGCCGAGCAGGGACCCUAUCCCCGAGCUACCUCCCUUGUGCAAGACCACCCCAAGUGCCUUCCUCGGCUCUGUCCUCAGCCCGCACGUGCUCUGUGGCCCUGCGACCUUAGCGGGAGCGGAGGUCUGCUGAGCGUCACGGUACCUAACUGGUCCACGUGGGCCUUAUAGCCACAUAUACUGUAUUUGUCCACAUAUACCCGGUCUGUUCACAUGUAUCGUAUCUGUCCGCAGUGCCUGUGGCAUCUCAGCACUCACUGCCUGCUGCCUUCUUGCGUGGCCUCCAGAAGCAUCUCCAGAUGUGAGGAAGGUUGUGUGUGUGUGUGUGUGUGUGUGUGUGUGUGUGUGUGUGUGUGUGUGUGUGUGUGUGUGGUGACUCCACACCCCUCUCCUCUCCUCUGGGCUCUGUUUGUCUGGGCUGGUGGCCUGGCCCCAACCCUUCGAGGACUUCCUGUGCUGGAGGCGGCCCCACAACCUCCCCUUUGGUCACUGAGACUCAGUCCAGCAUGAGACCACACAGGCUGGGACCCCUGGUGGACCCAGGAGAGGAUUCCUCCAAUGUUUAAAGGCCAAAGGGGAGGGAGGGGAGGCAGGGCAGGGGGAGGGGCCCGA